AAUUCGAAGCAUCCAGAAGUCCCCUGCUAUUUUUAUUCAUCCCCGCUCCCCAGGCGACUCCAGCUUUGUAGGCGAACUCGAACACCAUAGGUGCAUCGUUCAAAUCUUACUGAAACCCUAACACCAAUGGCGAAGUAUGGCGAGGGCGACAAGCGAUGGAUCGUUUCUGAGCGCGCGGACGGCACAAAUGUCCAUAAUUGGCACUGGGCGGAGCGCGAUUGCCUCGAAUGGUCCCGCUCGCUCUUAUCUUCCCUCCUCUCCGACCUCACCAUCCUCGACGGAGAUGGUGGCAUCUUCAUUCGGACCAAGACUUUGGACAAACUUGAUGGAGAGGCCUAUGUCAACGUUCGGAAGGGCAAGGUCAUACCUGGCUACGAGCUCUCCAUUUCCCUCUCUUUCGAAGCGGAGGCACGCAGCGAUUCAGCUGACGCCGAGCCACUUAUUCGUUUCACUGGAUCCGUCGAGGUACCUUACCUUGCUGACGAGAACGCCGGCGAAGAUCCUGAGCUCCGAGUCGUUGUCCGUGAUGACGAUGGGCCUGUAGGUCGCCGGAUCAAAGAUGCCUUCAUUGCCAAGGGAAAUCCAGUCGUUCUGGAAAGGAUUCGGUCAUACGUGCAGUCUAUGUCGAACGGUGGCCCGGCCAAGGACGAGCUUGAAGAGAAAAAGGCUCCUUCAUCUUCUGCGAAGCCGCAGGAGAAAGCUUCCGUCGCAGUGACAGCGAACAGGGAUGCAGCUGAUAUUGCUGUAAAGAAGCAGAAGAAGGAAAAGGAGGGAUUCAAGACAAUUAAGCUGACUGAGAGGUUUAGCUGCAGGGCGAGGGACAUUUAUGAGAUAUUGAUGGACGAGAAUAGGUGGAAAGGCUUCACGCAGAGCAAUGCUAGAAUCAGCAAGGACGUGGGAGGUCAGUUCAGUCUCUUUGAUGGGUCGAUCACUGGAAUAAAUGAGGAGUUGCAGGAAGGGAAACUAAUAGUGCAGAAAUGGAGAUUCAGUAGCUGGGUUGAGGGGAUAUAUUCAUCGGUAAGGCUUGAUUUUGAUGAGCCAGAGCCCGGUGUUGCAAUUGUAAAGCUAAUUCAGACCGGGGUUCCUGAAGAGGAUAGGUUUGGGAAUUCUACAGUGAUAGAGAACACAGAGAGGGGAUGGAGAGAGCUGAUAUUUCACAAGAUAAGGGCUCUCUUUGGCUUUGGAAUUUAAGUUAUCUUCAAAAAAACUGUUUUCUUUCUUGGAUGCUUGGAUUUAUUAAGUACCGGUAGUUAUUACAUUGAGAUAAUUCAUGAAAUGUACUAGGCUUAAUAUCUGAACUAUUACUUCCUUAAGUUGGUUAGUGUGGCAAUUUUCUCCCCUUCUUUAGAAACUGUGAGAUGAAACUAAACUCUUUUAAAAUGAUAGAUAUCUUGAUUAAACUUUUUACCUUUUAUUAACUAAGGUGAUGUACGUUUUAUCAAAUGUUAUAUGUUGGCUUUUAUGCUCA